AUGGAGGAGAAUUCCAUGGAUUUGAUGGAUCUGAUUGACGAAUUCCUCAGGGAUUCCCUUGAGUUUGCCGAGGAGUUGCUGUGUCACGUGUGCGGAGAGAAAUUGGUAGGCGACGCGACUCUUCAGCAUCACCUCGAGGGUCACGGUGACAGUUUGAAGGGCUUGAAGUGCCUCUUCUGCUCGAAGAGCUGUUGUGACAUGAAUGACCAUAUCGCUGAUUGGGACUUCACAGAGGAUUUGCUUGAUAUGUGUCAGAUUGAGGAGGAUGCUGAGAGUGAAAAGCAAGUUUCUGAUGAGAAUCCAGAGGGGGAAAAGACAGAAGCAUUCCAGGAAAUCAGCCAAUGCGAGAUUUGCGGGAAAAUCAUGCUGAGAUCUUCAGUGGGAAGUCAUCUGAGGACCAAACAUUCGUCAAAGAAGCCUUUUGAGUGUGAGAAAUGUGGAAGAUGUUAUAAAUCCAGAGGAUCUCUCAAGUUUCACCAGGAGAAUCACAGGAAGAGAACAAAGUCGUGGACUUGUGAGAAGUGUGGCAGUUCAUUUUUCGAUGAGAAGUCACUUCAGGCUCAUGUGAGAAGGAUUCACGGUCAAUAUCCAAGCUUGAGCUGCUGUCCAGUGUGCGAGAAGUCCUUUAGGACGCCAUAUGAUUUGAAGUAUCAUCGAGAGACUGUGCAUCCAACGUCGGAGAAGAGGUUCAAGUGCCAGACUUGUUGCUUGCCUUUCAAAGGACUACAAGGACUGCGUCGCCAUGAGGCUAAGCAUUGCGAGGGUGAAGUUCUUCCUUUUGAGUGUUCCUAUUGUGACGUGAAAUUCACUAGUCAGGCUCCUUGUCGUCGUCAUGAGGAGAAUUGCAGUGGCCAGAUGAAAUAUCCAUGCAAAUUCUGUCCGGAAAAAUUUACCACCUACAUUAGACUCAGAGGACAUCGCAGGAGAGAACAUAAGGAGAAGAUUUUGAGAAGGAAGCCCAGGAAAAGUCAAGGAUCUUUGUGA